AUGGAGCGUUUGGCGGAGGGAUGCGGACCAUCUUACUACACCUAUCAAGUGAGCCAGCACAGCUCAGAUGUACUCAAUCAACUCAACCAGCAACGCAAGAGUGGAGGUCGCUUCUGUGAUGUGGUUCUCCGGGUUGGCGAGGACAGCUUUCCAGCCCAUCGUGCUGUUUUGGCUGCCUGCAGUCAGUAUUUUGAGUCGGUGCUUGGAGAGGCAGACGGUCCAACUCCACGCGAGCUUGAGAUGCACACCAUCAGUUCCAAGGUUUUCGGGGACAUUUUAGACUUUGCCUACACAGCUCGCAUCAUUAUUAGACUGGAGAGUUUCCCAGAGCUAAUGACAGCUGCUAAGUUCUUACUGAUGCGCUCAGUGAUUGACAUAUGCCAGGAGGUGAUCAAGCAAUCUAAUGUACAAAUUUUGGUGCCUCCUACAAGGCCAGAACUCAUGCUUUUUCGAUCAGGGGCCUCUGAUCUUGGAUUUCCAUUGGACAUGACAAAUGGUUCUGUGAUGGGUGGGUCAGGUAUCGCAGGGUCAAUAGGGGACGAGGAGGAGGACUCUGUACGGCCAGGGCCAGCUGUGCCAAGUCAGGCUUCUCUUAUAGCACUUGGGGGAUCUUCUCAAAUUUUGCCUUCGCAGUACCAGAUGGGGAUGCAAGGACUUGGAAGCAAACGUGGCCGUGGAAGGCCAAGAAAGCCAAGUGUAUUAGACUCUGUCCUUUUUGGUGCCGUCGGUGGCUUACGUGAUGGCGCAGUACUUCCUUGUGGACUUUGUGAUAAAGUCUUCACAGAUCCAUUGCGACUCCGCCAGCAUGAAGCACAGCAUGGAGUCACAAGUCUACAGUUGGGAUACGCUGACCUUCAAACACCUCGAAUAGGGGAGAAUGGGUUAUCACAAGACGAUCAAGCAACCCCUCGAAAGAGGAACCGAGCAAGGAAACAGGUGGCUUGUGAUUUGUGUGGAAAGAUCUUCCGGGAUGUGUACCACCUGAAUAGGCACAAGCUAUCUCACUCUGGAGAGAAACCAUAUUCUUGUCCUGUGUGUGGACUGAGGUUUAAGAGGAAAGACCGAAUGUCAUACCAUGUCCGAUCACAUGACGGUUCAGUAGGAAAGCCCUACAUUUGCCAAAGCUGUGGAAAGGGAUUUUCUAGGCCAGACCACCUUAAUGGGCACAUUAAACAGGUUCACACAUCCGAGAGGCCGCACAAGUGUGAGACAUGUAACGCUUCCUUCGCCACACGUGACCGUCUGCGCUCACACUUGGCAUGUCAUGAGGAUAAGGUACCAUGUCAGGUGUGCGGCAAAUACCUGCGGGCAGCUUAUAUGGCAGACCAUCUGAAAAAGCACAGCGAGGGUCCUAGCAACUUCUGUACCAUUUGUAAUCGAGGUUUCUCCUCUGCCUCUUACUUAAAAGUCCACGUAAAAACACAUCACGGCGCCCUCCUCAGUGCAGGCCCUCACCGGCCGGAAUCCACCCCAAAUGGUGCAGCACUGUUCCAAUGUGUCCGGACCUGUGGCGUGAAAGAGGGGGAAAAAUGUCAGCAUGGAGAACAAGAGAGUUCUGAUUCAUUUGGUGACCUGUCUGAUGGGAGUGACCUCAAGUCCCCUGAGAAGCCAAAUUCUAAUGGAGCAUAUGUUGCAUGUGACUUGGUGAUUCCCAAGAAAAUUGAGGGAGAGGUCGAGAAGCGCUAUCCAUGUGCAGAGUGUGGAAGCUUUUUUUUCGAUCAAAGGCCUAUCUCAACAAGCACAUACAGAAAGUUCAUGCCAGGCCAAUGGGGACACCACUCGGAGCACUGGGGUCAGCAUUGGCCUCUCCUUUCUCCCCACAGCAGAAUAUGUCUCUUUUGGAGUCAUUUGGUUUUCAAAUUGUGCAGUCAGCUUUUGCCUCAUCUCUUGUGGAGCCUGAGGUGGAUCAGCAGGCAAUGGGAAGUGAAGGGAAGUAAAAGCGAUAGCACUUAA